CGAUAAGAUGAUACAUGUCUCCUAGAGUUGAUUACAUAAUCCUUGCUCUUUCCUUUCUGCCCACUUCAACGCGCUGUUCAUUCGACCAUGACUGAAUCAAAACAACACAGAAAUAGUGAAUUUUCCUCUCAGCCUCCUUCUACCCAGCCUCAACAAGCUCUGCCUGGUGCAAAUACCGUAUAUGACACAAGCCCUUCGCCUACUGAAGUGAUGAAACAUAAGCUUACUAGUCCCAACGGCAAAUCAAAAGAACCGCCAGAAUUUCGUCGAGUCAAUAGUGAUCUUGAAGGUGGAAAUGUAAUGCCUCGAUCAUAUUCAAAAAAGCUUGGUCGCCUUUCAAAGCUAUCUUCGAUCUUUUCUACCAACUCCCUCACUCCCUCAACUCCCCGUAAAGGUUCGGACGCUACCCUUGUCGGAGAUGAUUCCGGAGAACAGGACAAAUAUACCUCAUUCAAAGGGAAUCAAACCCGCAGACGACUUUCACUCAAAUCGGGCAUACCUUCUGUUCCAGUUCUCUCUGUUCUUCAAAAAGUUUCUUCUCAAACUGUCGAAGGCUUUGCUAUCGUUCGGCGCACCAUCACACAGAAUUUCAUCUCAACUCGCUGCUGCUACUGAAAUCCUCGGAGCUGAAGCCGAGUUUGUACACCUUCCCAAUAUCAUCAUUGCAUCAAUGAAAAGUAGUCCCAAUUCUCCUUCUGCAAGAACUUACUUCGUGCGCGCGACUGGAGCCGUAGCACUUACUUCACUCCAUCAAGUACAUAUAAUUUAUCGAGACGUCCUCCAUGACAAGAUUGGCGCGGAAGAAGGAACUCAAGCUCUCAGGAAACUUCUCCGAGAACAUCCUAUCUAUCCGCUUUACUUUCGUUGCAUCUUGGCUUUCUUCGGGGCAUCUACGAUCUGUGCUACAUCUUUCGGCGGUUCCUUCCUUGAUAUUUGGAUCAGUGGAUUUUGCGCCUGUGUUUUACAGUACCUAGGUCUAAAUGCUGCUCACAAAAGUGCCAUGUAUGCGAAUGUUUAUGAGAUCUCCGUUUCUAUCAUUGUCGCAUUUGUCGCAAGGGCUCUGAGUAACAUUCCUGGAAACUGGUUCUGCUAUAGUGCCAUCUCAUCCGCUGGUGUGGUCCUUAUUCUGCCCGGCUUUACAAUUUUGGUCAGCGCGUUGGAACUCAUGUCCAAAAAUCUGUUUUGCGGCUCCGUUAGAAUCGUAUAUGCAGUGAUAUACACAUUAUUUUUAGGGUUUGGAUUGACCAUCGGCUCCGACUUCUAUCUGGUGGUGGAUCGUCGCGCUCGGAAAGCUUAUUAUGCAAAUAGCACCCCCACUAACUUGACUUACACUCACGGACGAUUCGUGAUGGCCAAUGGGAGCAUUCCUUUCAUCCCCAUCCAAGGAGUACUUGGUCAAGCCAAUGCCUUGAAUUACGAGCAACAACACCUUGUUAAGGGUUGUUUUAGAGAUCCGUCAUGGCAGUGGUUCAGGCAGCCAUUUCCCUGGUGGACAUUGCUUUUACUGGUCCCGCUGUACUCCACACUUUCGUCUUUGGGAAACCUCCAGCGACUCCGAAGCGUUCAACUUCCGGUCAUGGUCCUCUUCUCCUGUUGUUCCUAUGCUGCGAAUAAAGGAGCUAGUGUCGUGCUCCCUGGAAGGACUGACAUUGUAUCUGCCGUGGGCGCAUUCGUGAUUGGAUUGCUUGGGAACCUCUACUCUCGAGUGAUAGGAGGUACUGCAUUCACAUCGAUGGUAACCGGUGUACUGUACCUCGUUCCAUCUGGUAUUGCUCAAGGCGGAGGUGUCACUCAAACCUAUCGAAGCAGUGCCGACCAGUACAGCAGUGGGUUUUCGCUUGCCUUGCGCAUGAUUUCGGUUGCGUCUGGCGUAACAAUUGGGCUUUUUGUGAGCCAACUGUUAGUCUAUCUGUUUGGGACGCGGAAGAAUGCCGCACAUUUCGCAUUUUGAGCCUUACUAAUCAGGGUUUCGCAAAAUUUGGGCAACGACUUACGGAAAUGUCCCCAGCUAUGACAGAUAACAUCAGUC